CGCUGGCUUCUUCGCUAACAUCUCUCUCUUGCUUGUGAGCUUCAUCAUCGUCGUCGGAGAUGGAGAUGGGAGCUAGGGUUUAGAGAAGAUGGUGAUCGAUCUCAACGAGAGCUCGUCGUCGGUGGAGAAGACGGUGGUGGGAGAAGGAUCGGGGACGUCGGAGUCGUCUGUGGUUAAUGGGGAGGCGUCGAGUAACCCUGGAGAUGAGGAUUCGGGUGGGAUUGAGUUUGGGUUGUUGAAAUCGUGGGAGGAGGAGGUGGAAGGAGAGGUGAGAUGAGUGGGUGUGUUACGAGGCAGUUCUUUCCGACGGUGCCGGCGGUGGAGGUGGUGACUGGUGGAGGGUCGUCGGUGAAGCGGCCACACUGUGUGGAUCUGGGGUUUUGUCCAGGGGGGACUGGUGGGAUGGGGGUGUUGCCGCCUCAGCAAGCUCCGCAGGUGCAGGUGAAGAAGAGCCGGCGGGGACCGAGGUCGAGGAGCUCGCAGUACCGUGGGGUCACCUUUUAUCGGCGAACGGGACGGUGGGAAUCGCAUAUUUGGGAUUGUGGGAAACAAGUCUAUUUGGGAGGGUUUGACACUGCUCAUGCCGCUGCGAGGGCGUAUGAUCGGGCGGCUAUCAAGUUCCGGGGAGUUGAUGCAGAUAUAAAUUUCAAUCUUACUGAUUAUGAGGAUGAUUUGAAGCAGCAGAUGAAGAACUUAACUAAGGAGGAAUUUGUGCACAUCCUCCGACGGCAGAGUACUGGAUUCUCAAGGGGGAGCUCUAAGUAUAGAGGAGUGACUCUUCACAAGUGCGGCCGCUGGGAAGCUCGGAUGGGCCAAUUCCUUGGCAAGAAGUACAUCUAUCUUGGGCUAUUUGACAGUGAAAUAGACGCUGCAAGAGCUUAUGACAAGGCGGCUAUCAAAUGCAAUGGGAGGGAAGCUGUUACAAACUUUGAGCCAAGUACCUAUGAUGGGGAAUUGCUUCCGGAUGUUGAUAUUGAUGCUGCUGGUGUUGAACUUGAUUUGAACCUCCGGAUUUCUCAACCUGCUGUCCAUAGUCCAAAGCAGGAUGACAACUCAAUGGAUCUUCUCCAACUCCAGUCUGGCUCCUUUGACGGUUCUGAUCCGAAGAAAGCUACUAUUGCUGACCCUUGUUCCCAUUUGGCCAUGCAGCCUUAUGGCUUGGCAAAGAUGGCCAAGCAGCCUCAAGUCUGGCCCGCUCCUUAUGCCAGCUUCCUCCCCAACUAUGAGGAAAGAACGAUCGGGAAGAGGCCACACGAAAUGGGAUCAAUGGCACCUCCUCCAAACUGGAGGCCAUGGCAGCAAAUGCAAAGCUCCGUCCCAUUAUCGCCAUUCUCUUCUGCAGCAUCAUCAGGAUUCUCCAACAACAUAACACCUCCGGCCUCCUUCCCGCCUGCAUCAUCCCCAACGACAACCAAUCAACUCUUCUACCACAACCAAAAUUAAAUCAAACAACACAUGAACCAGUUUGUCCAGAUCACACCAUGGAAAAGGGAGGGGAAAAAAUAAUCACAACUCUGUUGCUUGUGCCCUUGCUGUUGUUUCAUAUUAGCUUUGCUUUUUUGCCUGUGGCUUUGAAUGAAGUUUAGGCAUCAAAGUCCUGACUCCCAUCACCACUCUCUCUCUUUUCAGUACUCUUUUUUGGUUUGAUGAGAGUUUCAAUUCC